GGGGAGGAAGUGGAUGAUUGAUGGCGGGAGCAGGAUUGGGUUUCAGUUCGUCUUUCUCAGCUCAAAGCAGGGCGACGGCCGGAAUUAUGGUUAGGAUUCCGGUUCCGUUAUUGAAGCGACGGAAGUUGAAGUUCGCGGGAUUGAAUGAGGUUUUCCGCAUUCGAGUGGCGGGUUGCGGCGUAUCUUCGACUCGAUUGUAUAACUGCGGGAGUUGUGCGGCUGAGGAACGAGUCCCGGUGGACAUGGAAAGGUACAAGGAGGCUUUUGGGAGGAGAAUGGCCGUGGCUGGACUCAAACCUCACCAUUCUAUUGCUGUAGGAGUCUCAGGCGGCCCUGACAGUAUGGCGUUGUGUUUACUAACGGCUGCUUGGAAAACUGAUGGUCCUUAUGCUGCUAGCCAGAGUGAUGGUUAUGUUGAUGGACUUUUGGCCAUUAUCGUUGAUCAUAGGUUACGCGCAGAGAGCAAAGAAGAGGCACACAUUGUUUCUCGCCGUGUUUCUAAAAUGGGGAUCAGAUGUGAGAUUGCAGAGUGUAAUUGGUCGGAUGGAAGGCCGAAACAGGGUCAUUUGCAAGAAGCAGCGCGAGAUAUGAGGUAUCAAAAUUUUCAGAAAGUUUGCAUUCAGCAUCAAAUUGAUGUGCUACUUAUUGCUCAUCAUGCAGACGACCAGGCUGAGCUACUGAUUCUUCGACUUUCCCGCGGUAGUGGUGUGCUUGGACUUGCGGGCAUGGCAUUUGCUUCUCAGUUAUUCUCUACAAGCACGGUUUUGCAUAAUGAUGGUUCGAACAAUAAAGGCCUACUUCUAGUGCGUCCACUGUUGCACUUUUCUAAAGAAGAUAUGUACAAGAUAUGCCAAGCAAGUAAUCAAGACUGGGUGGAGGACCCAACAAAUCGAAAUCCAGCUUAUGCUCGGAACAGGAUCAGAAUGUCACUGGGAAAUUUGUCAUCAUAUACUUUCCAGUCUGAAAUACAAGAGCUAAUAUCUUCAUGUCGAAAAACACGUGCAUAUGUUGACCACAUUUCAAAUGAAUUGAUUGAUCAGGCUGUGACCAUCAUGGAUCAAGGUUAUGCUGUUAUUGAUUUGAUGGUUCUUAGUCCAUCCAAAGUUCCAGAUAUGUGCCUUUCAAAGUUUAUUGCGUUGGUCUUGCAGUUUGUCUCUCAAAAGCACAGAACUGUUAGAGGCGCCACUAGUAAACGGUUAUUGGAUUACGUUCGCACUUUCCCAUGUAAGGCAAGUUUGAGUACCUUGCAGACGUCUUUUACUGUAGCUGGAUGUUAUCUCUGCCCUUCUCCUGGUUCUAGGGGGACGAAACUCUUAGUUUGCUGCUCUGUCAAUUGCCCUCUGCCUUCAACAAUUGAAGUGAAUAACUCAGACUUUGAUAGAGAACAGAAGCAGUAUCCUAGCAUGUUGGAUGAAAUUAUAGCCGAAGGGAAGUCUUAUGUGGAUCAGUUUGUACCAGAUGUAUUAGAUGUGAAGUUCUUGAACAUGACAUGCCAAUCAGUGUUAGCAGAAGCGAAAAGAAUCGGUAUCAUCAGCGAGUCAACUCAUAACAACAUAACCUUACUGGAGAGGAAUGAAACAAAGUAUUUCAAGCCUGAGAAUAAGGUACACUUGGAGCAAGAGAUCAUAGAAAAUCCCAGCACCUCAGCAUCUGAAAGUGAGCUACUCCACCCAGGCAAAGCAUGUUACUUCAUGGACAGAUUCAUGGUUACUUGGAAUGAAAGACCGCUCAGAUACUGCUCAUCUUUGGUAAUUGAUCAUCGAAAAGCUGCUGAAGUACGCCAUAUGGCCGAGUCUGAUUGGCUCUAUCUGGCCAAAUUGGCCAGGUGUAAAAAUUUGCAUGAUUUGGUGCCACAAAUAACUGAUGCAGACAGUGAAGUAGAGCAGAUAGCAGGAAAGAGAAAACAGAGUUUAGAAUACAUGCAGUUAUCGGCUAUAAAAUCUCUUCAAUCUUUGAAGUCCAUCCCAGUUGCUGCCAGAAGAAGCCUGCCUGUAUUAGUAAAUCAUGAAGGAAUCCUGCUGACUAUACCUAGCAUUGGAUUCCAGUGCUGCCCUUGUCUGAUUGUGUCCUGCACAUUCAGGCCAAGAUUGCCACUAGGGGGAGGUCACUCUUCGUUUCUGUAGUUUAUGUGCCUUAGCUAAGAGCUUAUGUAUAAUAGAGGCCUUCAAUUUUGGUGUUUGUUGUUACUCAUUUGUACAUCUUUAGACUAGAAAGAAUAAAUAGAAAGGUGGAAGCACAAUUCCAACCAUGAACAAACUGUAUUCCACAUUAUGCAGUAAGAAACAACAUAGUUUAAUCUGUCAACUCACAGGAUUCAUUCAGAUUCUUGCAUUAAAGCUCGGGAAUGAAUUAUUACGGUUGAUACAAAAUUCAUACAGCAGCAGCAGCUAAUUCAAUUCCCAAAUCCAAUCUUAAAAAAAAAACCUAUCCUGCCAACUCUUCUCAUGUUACAGUGAAGAGAGAGAUUCAAAGAGGAACAUAGUAAAAAAUGACAAUAAGGGAGGAGAACAUAGUCAUCAUUAUCAUAAUCCACCUUGCCCUCCUCUCUCUUUCAAAAUCUGGAACGAUUUGAACCAUUGUUUCCAUGGAGCAUCUUUUUGUUGGUCGACCCAUGACAAGAAAGCACUGUCUAUCAAGCAAAAGAAAUUGACAUAGAGAAGUUGGUACUGUACUGGUACAUAUCUGAAGUUAGCCACCUGAACCAGUGGCCAAAUACCGCCUUCCAAGACUAACGACGGAAGGAAGUCCCUCUUCACGUCUUCUUUCACUUGAGCAGCACUCUUCCCUGUAGAAAAUCCAAUGUAGGUGAAGAACACUAGCAGAUCCAAGGGCCCAAAGAUUAUUCCAUCAGCUGCCACUUUAGCAGCAACAAACCGAGCUGAUUUUGGUGCUAGUUUAAGUCUCAACCUGAUAAACUUGUCCAAGUACUCGUACCUAAAAGUGGCCAACUGGACCAACAAAUCCGAGGCCAAAUGCACUGGUAGUAGCUACACGCUUCCAAUUUAUUCUGAAUUCAGCCUCUUUAUCGGUACACUGAAGACGUUUAAUAGCAGUGGAGUGAGUGACGUAUUGAGCACCGAUAUCGCCGGCGCCCCAAAGGAAACCGGAGCUGAUGACCUGGGUCUUCAACGGAUGAGAGGUUAGGCAGUUGCGAUACCAGCCCCAUAGCUUCAACAACAUUUCUUUCGUAUAGGUGAAGAAAGGGAACGGAGA